AUGAGUAUUAAAUAACUAGCUACAAAUUUCGAUGUUCUAUAUCGAAGAGUCAGCGAUAGAAGCAAAGUGACUGAGAUCCUAUUGGGAUAAUUAUUUGAGCGCUCUGAUGCUGAAGAAAAGUACCACAAAGCCCUUGAAAAAAUCACUGGGUAAAUGUAAAAUAGCGGAGGAGACAUCGAUGAUUUGUUGAAGGCAAUCAAAAUCAAUUUAAAUCAAAGAGCAUAAUAUUAUAAAGUAAUAAAUCUAAGAUAAAAUAGCAAUUUAAUUCAUCAUACAAGCAUGAUGUUGAACUAGCUAUCAAUGAUCUUAAAUAAAUCUAAUGUCAAUUUAAGCCUUUAAUCCAGGAGGUCUUGAAAUUGGAUAAGGACAUAAAAGUAGCCUUAGAUAAAUAUGAUCGCUAGAAAGAUAAAACUUUUAGAGCUUCUAAGGAUUAUGAAGAAGCUGCCAUAACUUUGGAAGCAUAAUGCUGGAAUAAAGAAUGCACUCUUGAGUCUAGAUCAAAGGCUUAAGUUAGGUUAAAUCAAUAAUUAGUUUAUAAAUAAGAGAAUGAGUCGGCUCUUAGAUUAGCUGCCAUUACCUAUAAUAAUUUCGUUUAAUCUUAUACCACUUUAUUAGAAAAUGGAAUCUAAUAACUUAUAUCUUUUCAUACUCAAAUUUUUUCAAUCAGCAAAGUAACUAUUUAUUCACAUUUUAUAAAGGACAUUCUUAUGAAAAUUUUAGUUUAUGAAAUAUCAAAAACAAGAAAUCUUCAAUAUGAUAGCGAGCAGUUUUUCAAAGAAGCUGAAAAAUAUUUGGAUCCUUAAGAUGAUCCUCUUGCUCCUGGACCUUCAAGCUAAAUUGGAAUCACAAAAGAAAAUUAUCUCAAGGUAACUUCACAAUAAAAUUCUUCUUUUUUAAAAAAUAUAGCAGAUUAAAUAUCAUUAAGUCAUCGUUUAAAUGUUAACAGAGAAACUGUUUCAUAAUAAUAAUUAGAAGUUGUUGAUGAAAUUGAUAUAUUAUUAGCGAAUCAACAAUUUAUUGAUGAUUUAAAAGAAGUUUCCAUCAAUCUCAUCAACAAAGUUAAUAAGAAAAAUAAAUCUAAAAAUAAUGAAGAUAAAUAACCUGCUGGAGUCUAAGCUAUGGUGAAUAAAUAUAAAGAUUAAUAUGGAGAAUAAUAAUUAAUAAAGAUAUUUAGUUAUAUUAAGCAUAUUAUUUAAAGUACUUAAGAAUAACAAAUUAAAGGAUGGAAAAAUAUACCAUUAAUCGAACAUAAUGUUUUAGAAGAUUAAUUAGAGCGUAAGUUCUUUAGAGAACUUGGUUGCAUUAUUUUAGAAUCAUUUAGAUAAGCAGGGUAAUUUUAAAAAUUUACUUAGGUGUUCCCAAUUAAGCUAAUUUGGAUUCAAAAAUAUUAUUACCUUUACUCAAAAAUUAUUAGAAGUAUCUUAGAGGGAAGGAGAGUUGAUAUUGGUAAAAAGACUGAUUACUAUGAUUUCUACUAUCUAUACAAUAGAUGAUAAAGAAAAGAGAUUUUUCUUAUAAGAUAGCUUGAUUUCUAUGUCUAUAUGGAAAUAAAUUGAUUUAUGGGAAGGGGUUAUCUAUACUACAAUUGAAGCAGAAAUAGAUAAAUCUGCUAUGAAAGAUUCUACACAGUUUACAAAAGAAUAAAUAUUUAAAGAUAAAAAUGUCAUUUAUUCUAAUUUGUUAAGUCUGACUUUAAAUAUGGUUAAUUUUAAGUAACUAUUUAAUUAAUUCAAUAUAGAAUAGAUAAGUAGGAAAUAAAGAAUGUUUUGAAUAAAUAUGCGAGAGCUUUCUAGCUUUUUGAAUUAUAAACUUAAGAGCUUUUAAAAUUUGCAGAAAAUGAUGGUAAAAUCGAGCCAAAUUCUAAAGUAAACUCAUUAUCAGUUUUAUAAUCUUUGUACUACUAACCACAAACGACUUCCACCAUCUAAGGACCAUUAGGUUAAAAAAAAGUAGUAAUUUUUGAUAAGAAAAAUCCUUUGUCAUCGAAUUUAACAGUUUAAAAGCCUGGAGGAAACCAAGUGUAUUUCUCAUAAGAUACUCCUACUCGCGAAACUAUAUCACCUUAAGUCUCCCCUUAUUAGAAUAACUCUUCAUAAUAAUAGCAACAACAGUAAUAAUAAUAAUAAGAACAAUCAUAAUAAUAAUAAUAAUAAUAAUAAUAAUAAUAAUAAUAAUAAUAAUAAUAAUAAUAAUAAUAAUAAUAAUAAUAAUAAUAAUAAUAAUAAUAAUAAUAAUAAUAAUAAUAAUAAUAAUAAUAAUAAUAAUAAUAAUAAUAAUAAUAAUAAUAAUAAUAAUAAUAAUAAUAAUAAUAAUAAUAAUAAUAAUAAUAAUAAUAAUAAUAAUAAUAAUAAUAAUAAUAAUAAUAAUAAUAAUAAUAAUAAUAAUAAUAAUAAUAAUAAUAAUAAUAAUAAUAAUAAUAAUAAUAAUAAUAAUAAUAAUAAUAAUAAUAAUAAUAAUAAUAAUAAUAAUAAUAAUAAUAAUAAUAAUAAUAAUAAUAAUAAUAAUAAUAAUAAUAAUAAUAAUAAUAAUAAUAAUAAUAAUAAUAAUAAUAAUAAUAAUAAUAAUAAUAAUAAUAAUAAUAAUAAUAAUAAUAAUAAUAAUAAUAAUAAUAAUAAUAAUAAUAAUAAUAAUAAUAAUAAUAAUAAUAAUAAUAAUAAUAAUAAUAAUAAUAAUAAUAAUAAUAAUAAUAAUAAUAAUAAUAAUAAUAAUAAUAAUAAUAAUAAUAAUAAUAAUAAUAAUAAUAAUAAUAAUAAUAAUAAUAAUAAUAAUAAUAAUAAUAAUAAUAAUAAUAAUAAUAAUAAUAAUAAUAAUAAUAAUAAUAAUAAUAAUAAUAAUAAUAAUAAUAAUAAUAAUCUUAUACAACAAUUUACACUUAAUCAUAAUAAUAAUCUAUAUUAUAAAAGGUAUUUACUCCAUAAAAUGCAAACAAUCAAUCGUCGACUAUUUUAUAGAACUAAUAAAAUAUCACAAUACCCCAAUAAUAACUUUAAUAAGUUCAAUAAAUUCAGGAUAACGAAUAACCAAAAAUCAGAUAUAACUCUCAUCCAUUAGAAGUUCCAAGACCUAAUAACUAAAAAAAAUAAAGUUGA